UGUAAGUAUUGUGGGACGUGUAGUUCCGCUUGUAGGCCGCUGGUCUGGAUAACAGCACACGAAGGAACCAAACAAAACAAAAUUAGGUAAACUUGUAAGGCACUGCAGUAUUACUGGUGCAUCUUCUACACAAUCAUGCCCGGCUUCACUUGCUGCGUGCCCGGAUGCUACAACAACUCACACCGGGACCGAGAUCUGCGAUUCUACACCUUUCCGAAGGACCCCACUCAGCGAGAGAUAUGGCUGAAGAACAUUUCGCGGGCCGGGGUGAGCGGCUGCUUUAGCACUUUCCAGCCCACCACUGGUCACCGAGUCUGCAGCGUCCACUUCCCCGGGGGCAGAAAGACCUACACCAUACGCGUCCCGACGUUGUUCCCUCUGCGCGGGGUGAACGAGAGACGGGGCAGACGUGGCCGGAGCAGGAAGAUUUCUGCGGUCGUGCCCAUCAUCACCAACGUCGUGUCCACCGCAAACGAGACCGCGCCGCUGGAGGAGGAAGAGGAGGAGGGGGACAUCGAAAACACCACCGUUGUGCAAAUCGGUCAGAACGGCCAGUACAUCGCGCCCGUGGACCUCACGUCCUCCGGGGACGGCUCGUGCAUCGCAGCGGUGGUGUCCGGCGGCGAGGAGUCCGCGGUCAUCGAGUCAUGCUCAGUGGCCGACUUCGCGCUGUGCGGGGCGGAUCACUCGUACUCGCUCACCACCGGCACAACGUCCACGGAGCUGCUGCGGAAGCUGAACGAGCAGCGGGACAUCAUCGCGCUGAUGGAGAUUAAAAUGAAGGAGAUGAAGAACACCAUUCGGCAGCUGCGCGUCACCGAGGCACGGCUAAAGGAGGAGCUGCGGCAGCGCGAGCAGGAGCGGGACCGGCUGAUCUGCGCCAACACCAUCAUCAAGAGGAAACUCUGACGAACAACCGGGACCUAAGAUGGACUAGAGACGCGCAGGACGGUCUGUGCUUCUGUGCGACGACAAUUGAGCAUCAUCGUAGUUCUCAUUGAAACUUCCUCCAGGACUCGGAUAGGGCAGAUGAGCUGUGUGUGUGUUUGAGAGCAGAAGCACGAGCUGUCAGGCACAGCACUACACGGAGACUGACGGGAGGUCAGCGGACGGGUCCUACUCAUUUUAUAUUUAAUGUCGUUUGUUUGUGUGAUGAAGGCGGCAGACUCGAGGUUUGCCUACUGCCACACUUCAUGACCAUGUUACAUGCGCACACAGAGAGACUGCUUCAUGUUAGUGUGUAAUCAAAUGCUUCUCAUUUGGUUUUUCUUUCUUUGUUUUUAAUAUCCGAGUGCAUCAGAGCUUCUGGCCCAGGUGAACUAUUUCUACACAUGCAGAUUAAUGCAGUUAGAAAAGGUAAAUGGUUUGAAGUAAACUGCUUUUCAACUAUA